AUCCAUCGAAAGUUGAACCAAGACAAUGAUGGGACUUCUAUUCCUGACAAUGAUGUUUUCCUCUCUGAAAUUUUCGAUCACAUUAACAACUCGACCAAAAUAGAGCAUGAUGCUGGACUUUUAUUAUUCGAAGAGAAGGGAAAGUUUGUUGAAAUUUCGUCCAGCUUAAGGAAAUUUUUCGAGGAAAAUGUUUAUCCUCGUGGAUCAAUUCCAGACUCUGAAUGGGUGAAUUAUUUGGAUAAGUUUUUUAAAUUUAUUAUUGAUCGUCGAAUUAGAAGGGUAAACGAAUGGUUCGAAAAUAAUCUUGCAAAAUUCUCUAAAGAACAUAACGAAAUCGUUAUUACAAACUAUGCACUUGAGCGUGAAAUUAAUCGACUUAAUUUAUUCUGGAAUGUUUGUCGUCUUAAAUGUGAUAAUUGUGGGUUGUCUUGUCUCAAAGCUAGUCGACAUGAUGAUAACCCAAAUGAUGCAAGCCAUGAUUGCCAAACAGAUCAUAAAUGUCAUCAUGAAUGUGAAUUCAAAGAAGCACAUCCUGAUGGAAUUAUCCCAGAUUGUGUACACUUUGCUGCACAUCAAGGAAAACAUAGAUACAUUGGGCAUGAAAAUAUGAAAGGAAAUGAGACACAUAAAUGUGACUCAGAAAUGCAUUAUUGUGGGGAACCAUGUUCAUUAGAAGCAAUAACUUUAAAAGGACCUUAUAAAUGUCAAAAUGAGUGCAUGGCAA